AAUGGCCCGGCUGAAUCGAGGGUGGGGGCGGGGAGAGCUGGGAGCUGUCAGUGGAGAGAGUCAGACUCACGCUCCUGGCCAGAUUCCGAGCUGGAAAUUUCGGCGGAUUCUAGCCAGCAGGCAAAGGGCAACCCCGGCGCUCGAGGAGCGGCUUCUUUUGUAGAAGCACCUGAAAUGCAGGGUCUGGUACACUAAGCAGUAGCGCCCGCAGCAGCAGCCAUAGCGACAAGCUGGGGCCCUGUGUAGAAGCUCCAUCCCCUUGUGUUUGUGUCCGCCUGCGUCCCCACACUCAGAGAUUAUCUUUGAAGAUCGAGGACUCUGAAAUGUUUCCCCUGAAGGAUGCUGAAAUGGGUGCCUUUACCUUCUUUGCCUCGGCUUUGCCACAUGAUGUUUGUGGAAGCAACGGGCUUCCUCUUACACCAAAUUCCAUCAAAAUUUUAGGGCGAUUUCAAAUCCUUAAGACCAUCACUCAUCCAAGACUUUGCCAGUAUGUGGAUAUUUCUAGGGGAAAGCAUGAAAGACUGGUGGUGGUAGCUGAACACUGUGAACGGAGUCUAGAAGACUUGCUUCGAGAGAGGAAACCCAUGAGCUAUUCAAAGGUUUUGUGCAUUGCAUUUGAGGUACUCCAAGGUUUGCAGUAUAUGAACAAACACGGUAUAGUACACCGAGCACUGUCUCCUCAUAAUAUUCUUUUGGACCGAAAGGGACAUGUUAAAUUGGCUAAAUUUGGACUUUAUCACAUGACAGCUCAUGGUGAUGAUGUUGAUUUCCCAAUUGGGUAUCCAUCAUACUUGGCACCCGAGGUAAUUGCACAAGGAAUUUUGAAAACCACCGAUCAUGUGCCAAGUGAAAAACCAUUGCCUUCUGGCCCCAAAUCAGAUGUGUGGUCUCUUGGAAUCAUUUUAUUUGAGCUUUGUGUGGGAAGAAAAUUAUUUCAGAGCUUGGAUAUUUCUGAAAGACUAAAAUUUUUACUUACAUUAGAUUGCAUAGAUGACACUAUAAUAGUUCUGGCCGAAGAACAUGGUUGUCUGGACAUUAUAAAGGACCUUCCUGAAAAUGUGAUAAAUCUUUUGAAGAAGUGUCUCACCUUCCACCCUUCCAAGAGGCCAACUGCAGCUGAAUUAAUGCAGGACAAGGUAUUUAGUGAAGUGUCACCUUUAUAUACGACCUUUACUAAACCUGCUAGUCUGUUUUCAUCUUCUUUGAGAUGUGCUGAUUUGACUCUGCCUGAGGAUAUCAGUCAGCUGUGUAAAGAUAUAAACAGUGAUUAUCUGGCAGAAAGAUCUAUUGAAGAAGUAUAUUACCUUUGGUGUUUAGCUGGAGGUGACUUGGAGAAAGAGCUUGUCAACAAGGAAAUCAUUCGCUCUAAACCACCUAUCUGCACACUCCCCAAUUUUCUCUUUGAAGAUGGUGAAAGCUUUGGACAAGGUCGAGAUAGAAGCUCACUAUUAGAUGACACCACUGUGACAUUGUCAUUAUGCCAGCUAAGAAAUAGGUUAAAAGAUGUUGGUGGAGAAGCAUUUUACCCACUACUUGAAGAUGACCAGUCUAAUUUACCUCAUUCAAACAGCAAUAAUGAGUUGUCUGCAGCUGCCACUCUCCCUUUAAUCAUCCGAGAGAGGGACACAGAGUACCAACUAAACAGAAUCAUUCUCUUUGACAGGCUACUAAAGGCUUAUCCAUAUAAAAAAAAUCAAAUCUGGAAAGAAGCAAGAGUUGACAUUCCUCCUCUUAUGAGAGGUUUAACCUGGGCUGCCCUUCUGGGAGUUGAGGGAGCUAUUCAUGCCAAGUAUGAUGCAAUUGAUAAAGAUACUCCUAUUCCUACAGAUAGACAGAUUGAAGUGGAUAUUCCUCGGUGUCAUCAGUAUGAUGAACUGUUAUCAUCACCAGAAGGUCAUGCAAAAUUUAGGCGUGUAUUAAAAGCCUGGGUCGUGUCUCAUCCUGAUCUUGUGUAUUGGCAAGGUCUUGAUUCACUUUGUGCUCCAUUCCUAUAUUUAAAUUUCAAUAAUGAAGCCUUGGCUUAUGCAUGUAUGUCUGCUUUUAUCCCCAAAUACCUGUAUAACUUCUUCUUGAAAGACAACUCACAUGUAAUACAAGAGUAUCUGACCGUGUUCUCACAGAUGAUUGCAUUCCAUGAUCCAGAGCUGAGCAAUCAUCUCAAUGAGAUUGGAUUUAUCCCAGAUCUCUAUGCCAUCCCUUGGUUUCUCACCAUGUUUACUCAUGUAUUUCCACUGCACAAAAUUUUCCACCUCUGGGAUACCUUACUCCUUGGGAAUUCUUCUUUCCCAUUCUGUAUUGGAGUAGCAAUUCUCCAGCAGCUACGGGACCGGCUUUUGGCUAAUGGCUUUAAUGAGUGCAUUCUUCUCUUCUCUGAUUUACCAGAAAUUGACAUUGAACGCUGUGUGCGAGAAUCAAUCAACCUGUUUUGUUGGACUCCUAAAAGUGCUACUUACAGACAGCAUGCUCAACCUCCAAAGCCAACUCCUGAUAGCAGUGGAGUCAGAAGUUCAACACCUUUUUUCUCCACUGAGUGUCCAGAUCCUCCAAAAACAGAUUUGUCAAGAGAAUCUAUCCCAUUAAAUGACCUAAAGUCAGAAGUAUCACCCCGGAUUUCAGCAGAGGACCUGAUCGACUUGUGUGAACUCACAGUGACAGGCCAUUUCAAAACACCCACCAAGAAGACAAAGUCCAGUAAACCAAAGCUCCUGGUAGUUGACAUCCGGAAUAGUGAAGAUUUUAUUCGGGGUCAUAUUUCAGGAAGCAUCAACAUUCCAUUUAGUGCUGCCUUCACUACCGAAGGAGAGCUUACCCAGGGCCCUUUCACUGCUGUGCUCCAGAGCUUCAAAGGGAAGGUCAUUGUCAUCGUGGGGCAUGUGGCAAAGCACACAGCAGAGUUUGCAGCUCAUCUUGUGAAGAUGAAAUAUCCAAGAAUCUGCAUUCUAGACGGUGGCAUUAAUAAGAUCAAGCCAACAGGUCUCCUCACCGUCCCAUCUCCUCAAAUAUGAAGAACCAAGACUGUGACUGUGCCUGUGAAAAGGAUAGAGUGAUAUCAGCCCCCAACAGCCCACCUCUUCACAGCCUCACCACUCUGAGACAGAGCUAGACUUCCAGAUUGUUGCAUUUUCAUAAAGUUUUGUCAUGAAACAUUUUUUUUAAUCUCAUAACCCACAUGUUCAACCAUCCAGGCAACAAACUUGACUGUACAUGUAUUGCUGAAAGAAUUUCCUUAACAGUGAAAUCCGAUCAUGUAUUUUUACCACAGUGCAACACAAAGCCAGAGGAAUUCAGCUGACAAGGCAGAUUUAGCAUUAUCAAGAAAUCUCAGUUGCACUGAAAAAGCUGUCUCCCAUUGCACCGAACAGACAGUCCUAACAAAGGUAUUAUUUAGAAACAUAGACUGAAUGGGGGUUGAAAUCAUCUUUCUAUGAUAGUGAAAAUCAAAAAGCUAUUCUCAAUGUAUUCCUUGUAAGUAAAUGCUAUAUUUGGCAACUCA